CGCUGCUCGCUUUCGGUACGGUCUACUUUACUGGAGGACAGUGACGGAGGAGGUUGGAAUCGACCUCUAUGUGUCUUUUCGGACGGAACUACCCAAGUCAGAGCACUGAACCGUCCUGGAAAACGUAGCACUCUCCGAAUUUUUCCUGCCUCGACAAAUAAAUGCUCAGCAUAGGCAUCAGAGAAAUAAAACACGCGAAAAACAAGGAUCAUUUUGCAAACGGAAACAAAAGCGCAUUGGCCAUACAGAGCACGGAGCUUCUCAAUGCAUACCCUCUGUGCCCGAGCAACGAUGAAACCAGAGAUAAGCGCCGCCGUCGGGUUUCUGUCGAGAUUCCUGCGGAUUAAAGGACAUAUGAACGACAGACAGCUCCAGACGUUCAACCAGACUCUACAGGACAUCCUGGCAGAGCAAUACAAGCACCACUGGUUCCCAGACCGUCCCAACAAAGGUUCUGGGUAUCGAUGCAUACGCAUCAACCACAAGAUGGACCCUCUGGUGGGACAGGCCGGCCAGCGCAUUGGCCUGAGCAUCCAGCAACUCUACCUGCUGCUUCCCAGUGAGCUGACAUUGUGGGUCGACCCAUUUGAAGUGUCCUACCGCAUCGGAGAGGACGGCUCGAUUUGCGUGCUCUAUGAGUCCCACCCCAGCACCAACGGAAACCCCAGCAUCACCACUGGAAACAGCAACCCCGCCUCUUCUGUCACCCAGGUAUCCCCAAUGGUGGACAGUCACAUCAGCUGCAAGGAGGAACUUCUGGUUAUGGGCCGCACCAGCUCCACUAAACCUUACCUGAUGACUGUGUCCAGCUAAAUUGGUCACAGAAGUCAUUUUUUAAAAAUAAAAAAGAGAAAGGAGAAGGAGGAGAAGAA